UUGCUAGUUUUGUAGAGGAAGACUAGCAACUUGAGGAGCGGUAAAGAUACAAAGAUAUCAUCAAAAGAUGUUGGCGAGUAGAAGCCUCGUCUCCUCCAACUUCCUCUACUUUCCGCCCAAAACCCCCAAUUGCACAAGAACCAUUUCUUUAAUUUUCAAGAAAGCCGCCUCCUCCUCCUCCACCAUUAAUAACGUGAGACCUAUCAAAGCAAUGAGAUGUUCACCUCCAAUUAACAAAACGGGGCGGUGUCUUCAAAUCUGCCACAGCUCUCAAGACCCAGAAGAGAAUGAGAUUGAUGACAACACUCAAAGUGGUGGUGCUGGUGGAAAUUGGACCACUUCAGUCUUGCUAUUCUUCUUGUGGGGUGGACUGAUGUUUUAUAUCUUCAAUCUUGCACCUAACCAAACCCCGUCAAGGGACAUGUAUUUCUUGAAAAAACUCCUUAAUUUACAAGGGGAUGAUGGAUUUCAUAUGAAUGAAAUGCUUGUUUCACUUUGGUACAUCAUGGGCUUGUGGCCAUUAGUCUACAGUAUGCUGCUGCUACCAUUUGGAAGAAGCUCAAAAAGCAUAAUUCCUGUCUGGCCAUUCCUCGUACUCUCCUGUUUUGGGGGUGCAUAUGCUCUUUUUCCCUAUUUUAUUCUUUGGAGACCACCAUCUCCACCUAUUGAAGAAGCCGAGCUUAGCAGAUGGCCUUUAAAUUUUCUUGAAUCAAAAUUGACUGCUGGGCUAACGAUUGCUGCAGGAUUAGGCUUAAUCAUUUACGCAGGAUUAGCUGGCGGAGACGUGUGGACUGAAUUUUACCAGUACUUUAGAGAGAGCAAAUUUAUCCAUUUGACUUGCAUUGAUUUUUCUCUGCUAUCAGCAUUCGCUCCAUUCUGGGUCUACAAUGAUAUGACUGCUAGGAAGUGGGAUGACAAAGGAAUUUGGCUUCUUCCUGUAUCAGUGAUUCCAUUCUUAGGUCCUUCACUAUAUAUCCUACUAAGACCAUCGCUGUCAGCGCUGCCUAUAUCAUUGAGCUCAAGCACAACAGAAGAAAACUGACUGACUUUGCAUAAUCUUGAGAUGCUCUUCUGUGCUGUAUACAGUGUUAAUUAGCUCCAUAAAUUUUGAGUUAUUGACCAGAACAGCAUUUCUGUUUUUUUUGUUACUCUUGAUACACAAAUUUCAUUCUUAAAAGGAAUUUAUAUUGGAACAAUUAAUUGUGUCUUUUUUUUUUUUGCUUAAUCGGGUGUUGUGGUGUAUCAUUACAUAUAUGAGAUAUAUAUAGAAAGUUGGCUGAUUGAGUUUAGAUAA